GAGGACACAAGACACCUCGGAGCCUGUCUGCUUCUGCCGGGCGUCAGCAUGGAUCAGGACCAUCAGCCUCCCCUUGACCAUAAACCUGGCCCGGCCCAAAAAUCCAGCCCCCCCGCCUGGUGUAAGUGUGCCCGCUGCACCCCCUCCUCCCUCCCCCAGGAGGAGCUGUGCUGCAGACGGAGCGAGGGCGCCUGCAUCGCCUCGUCUCCUCUGUUCCAGCAGUUGGUGCUGCGUCGCUCCCUGCUGGAGGCCGUCCUCCUGUACCGGGACCCUCUGUCUGCCCCCGCUGGUCCAGGCCACACCGCCCUGCGUCACUGCGCCUAUAGUCAGUACAUCAGCUGGAGAUUUGGGGUCCCACCCAGCAACAGCCACCCUGCCAUCCCCAGCUGCUGCAUAGGGAGAAUCCGGGGCGAGUACCCGAGUCAAGACGGGAAGUACAGUGGCUUCAGGCCCACCAGGAUGGUUUCCAUGCAGGCCUGCGCUAACGGAGAGCUGUGAGAGGAGGGGGUCCACUUUAAAGAUCAAAGACUCCUCUGUUGACUAACCCACUAACAGUGCUGGUACGUUAAAUCUGGCUUACAAAGUAAAACAAUCAAUGCAUUAACUUUGAAAGCUUGCGUCUAGUCAGAAGGCAAAUGAAAGGAUGACAACAAUUCUCACUGAGUCAAUAAAUCACUGCAUUUACUAAUAUCUGUCAAGUCACUUUGCAUCUUUGUAAAUAAAAGCAAUUUCUCUCAAA